AUGGCACAGCGGCGUCUUCUCUCAAAUUGCUUUCAAAGACUUUCGCCGACUGUACAAUCGAGAGACUCGACAGCUCGAACGCAACAUGACGAUGCGUUCCAGGCCGCCUUCAUGUGCCGCCACGUGGAUCGUACAACCCCUAGAUCGAAACUCGACAACGCAACAUCAGACUUUGCCUCUGCAGGGGGACGAAAACGCAAGGUCGGCUCUGCUACACGUGCCAAACAACCGUACUCAAACGAUAUAGAUUACGACGGCCACACAUCACGCUUCCGGACGAAACCAGCGAAUCCAGAUACAUCGAACCGACGAAAAUAUGGCAGCCGUAGGUUAGGCCCGAUGCGUGAGCGAGAUAUGUACGUACAAUGGGGCUACAUUCGUCAUCAGUUCUCCGGUGAUGAGCUGCUCAAGAGGCGGAAGACCUUCAAUUCGUGGAAAAGACACUUGUAUAACGUUAGCCACAAUCGCAAACAGGUUUGGCCAUGGCAAGACGAGAGCUUAUGGCUCCUAGAACACAAGACUGUUUCAGACAUGCGAUCAGCUUGGCAAGAACUAGACCAUCAGUCUCGAGAGAAACAGUGGCCACGGAUCAUGCUCUCCACGAUGCGCGCUUGUCCAGAGAAGGCGGCCAUGGUCCUGGAAGCUACACUGGACCCCUGGCCUCCCGGGUACGCCAUCAGCGAUGUUUUACUAUUUAUCAUUCAAAGACUAGACCUUGCAAAGGAGAAAAACGUUCGCGAAAGAACUCUGAAAGCUGAGCAGGUAGUGGGUUUGCUCCACAAGGCGAUAGCGGACAGUCCCAAACAACACAUUCCAUUCAGUCAAAGACUCUUGGGGUUAUUCGCCAAGAAACUUCCGAGCGAACAAACUUCUGAGCUACUUGCUCUUCUUCGGCAGUCCGAAAUCAAUAUGCAUGCGAAUACAAUGAUACAGUUUGCCAGCAGCUUAGCUAGAGACCCGGCCCACAAACAAACUGCCUUUGAGAUACUCCAGGGAUUAUCGGACAGCGGCGCUGAUCUGAACGAGGCCCGCCCAUCAAGCGUCAUCACCUCGCUACUUCACUGUCAGGUACCCGACGGGGUAGGAUCGGUCCAAAACCCCUUCUCUCCAAACGAUGCACUGGUGUAUUUUAUAGAAAGGGGCUUCACGUUGAACCUGCUUAGCGCGACAGCCUACCUCGAUACCCUUUCCCAGCAAGGAGAGGUUGACGAGGCAAUACGGCUUGCAUUGCUCUUCUCCGAGAGUGGCGUUCAGUUGGACCACAAGGCCUGGGCAAUCGUGUUCAGAGGAGCAAAAGCUACUCGGAAAGUUGAGACUGUUGCCAAGGCGCUGGACGUGGCCAAAGUGGCAGAUGUCCCGAUUGUAGAGGUUCUGAACAACGCACUUCACAGCGCUUUUCAUUUUGCCGAGACGGAAGCGAUGGAGAGGAAGAGCCAGCCCCGGUCUGCCCCAAGUCUUUUCGGGAUUCUGCUACGCAUCUACGCCAAGAAGUUCGACCUCGAACCGCUUCAGUGGUGGUUGCCAGAGUCUCUGCCGUUAUAUCUAGCACGAGGUGCGGGCCAGCACGGCCUCGUCUCGGGCGGUGCAACACGAACGAUAUGGCGUUUUGAAACCACCAUUAUCCCAUUUGUCGAUCAACUGUUCUCGUCGGGAGAUGACACAAAGUUCCAGCCAAACUUGACGACCAUGGCCAUCAUGAUGCGAGCGUAUAUCAUGGGACUGCAGCAGCCCUACGACCUAAUGGCGUAUUACCAGUUUUUCAAGUCGAGACUGGAAGAGCAGGGCAAGGACGCUUCUAUACCAUCGGCAUCCCGGCUAAUACAGAAUCAAGGCAGCCUCAUACACGACACCUUCAUCUUCGCAAUGACGGAGCGCAGGGAACUAUCACGGACCGCUCUUCUGGUUUUCGGCGACAUGCUCAAGGACCAGCUGCACGCGAAUGGCGCAGACGGUGAAGGGGUACACGUGGGAAGCGACGGGGUGGUUGCGACGACGCCGGUCCACCCGGCACCGACGGUGUUGACGGUGACAACCUUGCUACGGGGCCUGAUGAACCACCACGACCGGACGCUGGUGAAUAAGAUCAUUCACGUCAUGCGCGAGAACGGUAUUCAGCCCAACUUGGCGACGUGGAACACCCUGGUGAGAGGAUACGCGACCAUGCAAGAUGUUCCCAAGACAGUGAGCACGCUGCAGGACAUGGAGGCGGCAGGGUUCAAGCCUGAUUCCUACACGUUCAGGGCGUUUUCGAAACUGAGGGACCAGGAGAGAGCGCUCCAGAUGAUGGAGGACAUGAUUGAAGUCAGCCAGGACGUGAUGGCGCAGGACGAGCUGCAGAAGUAG